AUUAUCAACUGCCAAAAAAGUUUACGAAACAAACCGAAUUUUAAAGCUAUUGAAAUGAAAAUUUGUUUAUUUCUUUAGCUAUGCUUUAAUCCUUUUGAAAUGUUCUAAAAUUUUGUUAGAAUUUUUCAAAAGUGUAUAUUUCAUGGUUUAUGUAUUACUUAAGUAUUUCUAGGUGUCCAUCUGAAUAAUGAGCUGUUGACUGUAGGUUGAAAAUAAAAUGAGCGAAAAUCUAGAAAAUAGUGAGACUGUUUCAAAAGAUAAUUCCUCUGGUUCUAUGGAUCCAACGAUUUCAAUUGAACAAGUUACACCUCAAAAAGGGCUUAAAAGGAAGCGUCAAGAUGUGACACCUAAUAGUAAAACUAAAAGUUUGUCAGAUGUCUCAGACACUUCACCUAAAACUCCUGACCCAACUUUAGCUCCUCCUGAUAAACCAUGUUCUACGAGAAAACGUGUGCAUCUUGAUCCUGAAGAACUUCAUAGUGUUUUAGGAGGUAUGGAGGAGGAAAUUGAUGAUGCUUUGGAAAAAGCUGCUUUAAAGAAUAAUCUUUCCCGAAUGAAUGUUAAAAACAUUUUGAAGCAUGUGAUAACUAAUGAAUAUGUUUUGGCAAUGGUGCGAAACACUAUGAAAAUAGAAAGUGGAGAAAAAGGAUUGGAGGAUGCUGUUUUUGAACCAAAAUUAACGAGGUCCAAAGCAAAAGAACUGAAGCAAAUUAUACCCUGGCCAGUUCCCUCCCCUAUGAAAAAAGGUGAUGAAGUUACUCAAUUAUUAGAAAAAGAAUUUCUUGAAGAAAGCUCUGAUGAUGAAGAUUACAAACCAAAUGAAGAAGAGGAACAUAGUGAUGAUGAUGAUACUAUGGCAUCGCCUCGAACUAGUGAUUUGUUUUCGCCCCGUACUCCUGUGACUGAGAUAUCCUCUCCUGCACCUGAAGCACCUGCGCCUAUUGAAAAGGUUUUGGAACAUUAUGCUGAAGAUGAAAAUGCCUUGGUUAUUGAGUUACCAGAUUUGAAUUCUUCAUGUGAAAUUAGUGAAGCUGACAAAAUUGCUUUAAGAACACGGUCUAAACUAAAACUGACGGACACACCUUUAGAAGAAUUAGAAGCAUCAUUUUUUGCACCAGAUAUUACUGUUGAUAUGUAUGAUACAACUUGUGAUGAUGAGGAUUGGAAAAAAUUUUUGGCUGAUUUAAGCAGGCCUAUAGAUAAUAAAGUGGUAGCAGAAGAUGUUGAAGAAGCUAAUGAUGUAGAAGAUCCUGAUGAUGACCCUGAAUUUCUUGUUCAGGAAGAGGAAUCACCUGAUCCUCUUGAUUUAACCUAUGACCAAACUACAAAAAUUUCUAGAGCUGAGUUAAAUGCAUUGUGGUCUGAAAUAAUAGAAUAUGCCCAACAAGAAUACAUGGACUUGGAGGAUGAAGAGGAGGAGGAUAAGAACUCUUCUCAAAUUUUUGAAUCAGCUUUUACUGGUGCGAGUGAUGUUUGUCUUGAACCAAGAUCUGAGUGGAUGAAUUCAGAUGAGAAACUUCAACUAGAUGAGCAAAUGAGAAUGUAUAUUCAAUUACUCUCUCAAGCUUAUUUGUUGUCUCACGGAUCUCCAGAUUUGCAGAAUUUGAAUAAUGCUAUUAAAUUGUUUAUGGGGGAAAUCCAAAUGUUUGCUUCCCGAAAAAAUGGUGGAUCAGGAAGAUCUGCAUUUAAUGCACAUAAUUUGGAUGGUGCUUUGAAGAUAAUAGAAAAGUUUGAAAAAUCUGACAUUGCUCUCAUUCCUCAGCAUAAAAUCUCAAAUCCAAAGUGUAUUCCUGUUCCUAUUAAUGCAAAGAGAACUAUUGCUACUAGCAAAGUAUUUAUCUAUCCUGAGUUACUGCCAACUUUUGGUUUCUGCAAGCCAUAUGUUGUUCGUAAGGCACAGUUCUGUGCAGCAGAAGAUAAUCUUAUAGCAAUAGGACUAGAGCAAUUUUCCAGUUGUGAUUCAACUAUGGACAUGAUUCAUAAGUGGAUAUUACCAAACAAAACUGUUUCACAAUUAAAAAUUCGGAUAAAGGCUUGUAAAUCCCCAAAAAUGUCAAUAGAAAAUCCAGUAAAGUAUUUUCUUGAGCACAAGGUGGCUCCUCCAUACCAAAGAAUUGUUCGAAUAUUUGAUCCUGAUAAUAUAAAGAUACCUGCUGAAUAUCCUUUAGAAGUUCUUCCAAAAUGGAUGGUGUAUUAUAAUAGAAUUGCCACUGGACACCCAAUGUUUGUACAGCCUCCUUUGAUUGCACCAGCACCAUCUAAAGAACAAUGUUCUGCCUCAUCACAUUCAACUGCACCUGUCUCAUCCACCCAGCCAUCUCUUCCCCCAUUGCCACCUGUAGCAGCUGUUCGCCCAAUCUUCAGAAAAGUGCCGGAAAAAAGAAAAUCACGGCUCAUUCUCCCUCAUGGUGCUGUUUUCUCACCUUUAAAACAAAUAACACCCUUUCUUAAGAAAUACUCUCCAUAUCCAAAAAGAACAAUCACAGUUCUACCAUUUACUCUACCAAACACCUCAAAACCAAAGUGUGAUCACAUAUUAAAUAAAACCAGUACCAAUUGCCUCAUUGUUCCGACGAGUGAUCUAGCGCCUACAUUGAGAACUUUAAAGCCUAAACCUGUCAUUCAAACUGGAAACAGUGCUUCUAGUUCAUCUGAGGCUCAAGCUUCAGAUUCACAUGCUUCUUCUAAAUCUUUGUUAGAACAGACUCGUAAGGUGAAUGAGAAUUCGGGUACUCAAACUUCUGGGAAUUGUAAUAGUGAUCUCAAUUCAUCAGAACUAGAGAAGAAUGUCGAAAUGACGGAUCAAGCAAAAAACUCUUUGUUUAAGAAGGCUAUCAGCACAACACAACAAAGUGAGUCGGAAUCAUUGCCAGACCAUUCACUUGACCCAUUGGCUAAAUCUCCAUUAUCAUCUGGACUUGAUUCCCAUCAAGAGUUGAAUAAGAAACCUGAAUCUCCUACUAAACUCACAAAACCUGGAAGUGAAUUAAGUGUGGCUGCCACUGAAAUGGAUAUUGAUGAAACUCUUGAAGAAGAUGAACAUGAUUCAUCUGCAGUUGCAGCUGUUGUAUCAAAGAAACAAACUAUUAGUAAAAAGAGGAAUCGAAUUCAGAAAGAUUUAGAGUCGUCGUUAGCACUUUUGAAACCAGCUAUGGUCAGCAAUGAUCCAAAGAAAGAAGAAAGAGAAAUUCUGUAUGUGAAUUCAUAUCUUCUUAGAGCAGCAGAAACCCUAAAAAAUGAACCAGAAACUUGGAACUUAUUCCUUAUGUCUAUUUGCAAAUAUCAAAAUAGUUCUACAUUUCCAGUAAAGUUGUAUUUAGAUCUGAAAGUUAUUUUGAAGAAUUACCCUGCUUUACUGGAUGACUUUGUGGCUUUUCUGAAACCUGCUGAAGCAAAACUUGUUGGAAAAUUCAAACAGUUUUUAAUGCUUACCAAAAUUCGAGACUUUCUACGAAAAGUAGAGGUACAUUUCAGUAAUCAACCUCACAAUAUUCCAAGAAUUGUUCGUGCCUUAUCACAAUUCAGGCAGCAAUCGUAUGUAACAUCAUCAGAAGCAUUAAGUGGCUUACUUCCGUUGCUGAGGAAUCAAACCCAUUUGGUAGAAGAAUUAACACAGCUCAUACCAGAUGCUGCUCCCCCUGUAUAUUUGCAGACCGAUUUUGAAGAUGUAGCUUUCCCCAACAGCGAUGAAGACAUAUCUAGCAAUGGAAGUUGUGAGAAUAUUACAAUUCCUGACACUCCUGAUCCAUAUGGGGGAAAGGAAUGUCCCUGUAAUUGUCACUCUGAUUCCCUCGAUAAUAGAAUGCUAAAUAGAAGCAGGCACUGUGUGAAGUGUGGAGUUAAGUUCAUGGAUGGUCGUAUUUAUCUUCAAACUGGUAAAGUUCUGAAACCAGCUCAGGUGACCUAUCGAGUACUGCCACCUGAGUUCAAUGGCAAAGAAGCUAAAAAUUCACAGAAAGAUAGCUUAAAGUCCACAUUAUCUCAUGAAAUGAUUCUGAAAGUUCUUACUCAUUCAGAAACUGCAGCUAAAUUGGAAGCAGCUGCUUUGAGAAAAGAUAUCACCAGGGUUGGAAAUGUAACCUCUAAACCCGUAACACAUAACACCAGUGAAUCUGUUCCUACUUGCUCAAAACUGCCUUGUGAUGUUAUAGAAGAUACUGUUUUCCCUACCGUUGCAAAUACUGCAGCCAAGAGUGCACCAUCGGAUUUUAGUCUUCUUAGAGAUAUUAUUGGAUUUUCAAAGGAAAGUACUUCUCUUCAAGCAGAUGCUGAAGAUAAACAAUUAUCAACACAGAAAAAAAAGUGGAGUGGGGAUGAAGAUAAACUUAUUAUUUAUAACUGUCAAAGAUUAGGAAUUCGCAAAGAAACGUUUUCUGUCACGGCAAAAUCCUUAAAAGAUAGGACUGCUGAAGAGGUUGAAGAAAGAUUCCUGCUUAUGGUUGAGUUAAUGUCUAAAAAUACAAAAAAUCAGGCAGUAUAGUUGAAAGAAUCAUCAUUAGUUUUUUUAAAUUUUUUAUUUUAGCUAACUUUGAGCAAUUGGCAUAUUAAAAUUGGCAAAAAGAAUACCAUGAUAAAUACUAUAUUUUUAUGUAAAAAAUUAUAUUGUUUUAGUUUUGCAAAACAAAUUGAAACAUGAAAAUUGUUUUGAUCUUAUUUAAAUUAAAUAUAUCAAGUACAUAUGCACACUCAAGGGAAGAGUAUAUAUAUUUUUUAUUCCAUUAACACGCAAAUAAUUAAUUAGAUUGAGCUACAUUAUUUAUUUCUCUAAAAAAAUAAGAAAUAAAAACAUUAUUAUUAUUUUAAAUACGUCAUAUAUCUUAUAGUGUUGUACAAUACUAAAUUUUUGAAUUUACAAAGACAACUAUAAUUUAUAUUAUUAUUUUCUUCUUUUUAUAAGUUUGUCUAGAAUUGUAUAUUAAAGUUUUUUUCAUAUAUAUUUCUAACAUUAAACCACGAAUAAAAACAAAGCUAGCUUUUAGUUCAUUUCCCCCCACUUUGUGCUUGUUAUUCUGUGAACAUUAACAAAAGUUUACGUUGCAAACUAUGAACUUGUUAGGGUAAUUAAAUAUUUUUACUACAAACUAUCAGUAUAACAGAAAUAUUAUUAAUAUUAAAUUAAAGGAUUUACAGUUUUAAUUCUUUUGUUUGUCUAAUAAAUUCUGUUUAUUCUUGCUGAAAAAAAAUUCUUUUAUAUCAACAUUUGACUCAUUAGUCUUAUACAUUUUAUUUAUAUCCACAUCUUUCCUUUUUUGAAAACAAAAUCGAGUUAUGAAUCAUUUAAUAAUUUUAUUAUUGAAUCAUUAUGGUUUUUUAAGAAAUAUUUAUUCAAUAUGUGCUCUGUGUUUUUAAUAAGCAUUAGUUAUAACUAAGUGGUUUUAAAUAUAUUCGCCAUCUAGUCUAGAAGACAUGUGUAUUUAUUUCCUGUAUGAUAUGAAACUUUUGUAUAUUUUAAAAUAAAUAUUUUAUUUUAUUACCAUA